CGACAAUCCUAGCAAAUUACUCCCCUUUUAUAUAUCAUCUCUCUCCACCGCUCAAAGCCUUCCUUCUCUGCUUUAGCAAGCAGCUCCCACCCUCAAAAUUCCAGGUGAGAGAGAGAAGUAAAAAAUGGUUCAGAGACUGACAUAUCGGAAACGGCACAGUUAUGCCACCAAAUCGAACCAGCACCGGGUCGUCAAAACCCCUGGAGGAAAAUUGGUGUACCAGACUACAAAGAAGAGAGCUAGUGGUCCGAAGUGCCCUGUUACUGGCAAGAGGAUUCAAGGGAUUCCUCACUUGAGACCUGCUGAAUAUAAGAGGUCAAGAUUGGCACGAAACAGGAGAACUGUGAACCGGGCUUAUGGUGGAGUACUGUCCGGUGGUGCUGUUAGAGAAAGGAUUAUUCGAGCCUUUUUGGUUGAAGAACAAAAGAUUGUGAAAAAGGUCUUGAAGAUUCAAAAGGCAAAGGAAAAACAAGCCUCUAGAAGUUAAGAUUGAAAUGUUCAAUGACUUGGAUGAUUUGUCGAAAUGGCCAGUGUUGUGAGUCAAGAAAAGUACCGAGGGCAUUGUUCCCUUGUCAUCCAUUUUCUAAGCUUUAUCUACAAAUUAUGCUGCAAUUUUGUGCUGUUUUAUUAUUUAUCAUUUGAUGCUUUCUUGAAACUCUUUCUUGGUUGACAUGUGUAAUGACAGAUUACUUGGUAAUUGCAGUUACUGGGUUAUUUA